AUGGAAGCAGCAAACCACACAGGGGCAUCACAGUUCAUCCUCCAGGGCCUCUCAGAUGAUCCUGAAUGGCAGCCCGUCCUCUCUGGACUGUUCCUGUCCGUGUACCUGGUCACAGUGCUCGGGAACCUGCUCAUCAUCCUGGCCGUCAGCUCUGACUCCCACCUCCACACCCCCAUGUACUUCUUCCUCUCCAACCUGUCCUUUGUGGACAUCUGUUUUGUCUCCACCACGGUCCCAAAGAUGCUGGUGAACAUCCAGUCACAGAGCAAAGGCAUCUCCUACAUGGAGUGCCUCACUCAGGUGUAUUUUUUUAUGCUUUUUGCUGGAAUGGAUGAUUUUCUACUCACUCUGAUGGCCUAUGACCGCUUUGUGGCCAUCUGUCACCCCCUGAACUACAUGGUCAUCAUGAACCCUCAACACUGUAGUCUCCUGGUUCUGAUGUCUUGGCUUAUUGUUGUCUGGGUCUCCCUGCUUCACAUACUACUGAUGAAGCCACUGACCUUCCAUGUAGGCACCGAAAUCCCUCAUUUCUUCUGUGAAUUAGCUCAGGUUCUCAGGGUGGCCAGCUCUGAUACCCUCAUCAACAACAUCAUCUUGCUUGUAGCAACAGCCCUGCUCUGUGUGUUUCCUGUGACUGGGAUUCUCUUCUCUUACUCUCAGAUCAUCUCCUCCUUAAUGAGAAAGUGCUCCUCCUCAGGCAGGUAUAAAGCGUUCUCCACCUGCGGGUCUCACCUGUGCGUGGUGUCCUUGUUCUAUGGAACAGCACUUGGGGUUUACCUCAGCUCUGCUGUGACCCAUUCUUCCCGGACAAGCAUGAUCGCCUCUGUGAUGUACACGGUGGUGACCCCCAUGCUGAACCCCUUCAUCUACAGCCUGAGGAACAAGGAUGUGAAGGGGGCCCUGGGCAGCCUCCUCCGCAGAGCGAUAACUUGUCUUUCAUGGACCGUAGACCUCAGAACAAAGGGGAUACCAUGGCCCCUUCGGCAAGCAUUGUGA